AUGCUCAGUUUUUUUUCUUCCUUGCUGCUGAAGACUGUCGAUGUGGCUGCAGCCUUUUUUUUAUAUGAGUUUUUCACGUGUGUUUAGCAGUAAAUAAAUUCGCCAUGGAAGCUUUAGGGUUAUUUGUGUUUUGUAUGUUUAGCUUUGCAGUAGCGGAACAGGACGAAAGGCUUCCAAAUAAAUGUGAAGUGUGUAAGUUUUUGACAAUAGAGCUGCAGGAGAUUUUGGAGAAGACCGGACGCUCCAAAGAGGUCCUGGAGAUCGGGGAAGUUCUGGACACUGGAAAACGCAAACGUAAAAUUAAGUACAACACCUCGGAAACAAGAUUGACAGAAGCUGUAGACAAUAUCUGUGAGGGAAUUCUGCAGUACAGUGUCCAUGCUGAGAGACCUGGGAGCCUUCGAUAUGCCAAGGGCACCAGUCAGACCAUGGACACACUGAAGAACCUGGUGAAUAAGGGGGUGAAGGUGGAGCUAGGCAUCCCAUAUGAGCUGUGGGAUGAGCCGUCAGUAGAGGUGGCAGACAUGAAGAAACAGUGUGAGACCAUGUUGGAGGAAUAUGAGGAGGUGGUGGAGGACUGGUACUUUAAUCACCAGGAGGAAAGACUGGAGAGAUUCCUGUGUGAAGCCCACGUCCUGAAACAUUCAGAGUCAGAAUGUCUAAACGAGGUAUGGAAAGGAGACUUAGGUGUGAAGGGAUCGACUGUAGAGUCCGAGUCUGAGCAAGAGGAAGAUAAUCAAACACACGACGCAGGAGAACUCUAAAAGCAGAAACAUGGCUCACGAACUCCAAUAGCUGGACUUUUCAGCCUUCCUUAUAGAAUGCAUCCUGAGAAAGAAAAGUCGUCCCAAAAGAUCAAGUACUGGGUUUGAAAAGUGUUUACAGGAACUUCUGUAUGUAUGCUGGUUCUAGUUAACGCUACAGUUCAUAAUCAUUUAUGUUCAGCCACCCCAGAAAGGGACAGCAAUAAUGUUGUUGCCAGUAAAGUGCUGGACCUCAGUGUGGUCACUCAUUUGUAAUGUGGGGACUUUUAUUUGUGAAAUGUUUAUUAUGCAAAGCUGCCAAUAAUGAAAUCACUCCAUGUAUAGUGCCUUUAUGUUAGAAACUGCCUCAGUGUUAUGUUGAAGAUCUGAACACACACAAGCCAUAAUAAUGGUUUGUAUUGUCUUCAGUGUUCAUUGGUAUUCCAUGUGUUUUAUGGUUUUGAAUAAAUAAUAAUAAUAAUUUUCUUCAUUAUAUUUUUCUUUGAUAAUUCCACCCAUAUUUAGAUUAAUAUACAACACUAUUGAUAAUAUACAACAUAUAUUAUCAUAUAUUAAUAUACAACACUAUUAAUAUACAACGCAAUUGGUUGACUGACAGCAAGACGAACCUUUCUUUCUUUAUUUCUUUCUUUCUUCAUGAAACAUAUUGUUUUUAUUUAGAGGGGUUCACACUAGAUGGUCUUCAGGAAGGACGACAUUGCGGUGUCUCUGUAACAUGAAAAGCUGCAGGGUUUUUUUUUUUUUUGUUUGUUUUCAGUCUUAUCAUCAUGAGACAGUCUGAUGAGGGAAUAAUAGUUUCACAUAAGUAUGACCAGGAACUGUGUAUGAACUAUACAUCAAUAUUAAAGUAUGACUUGUUAUUCUUUGA